AUGGAUGUAAUAUCGGAUGACACGGCAGAGGACACACCUUGGAGUAUGCUGUUUGCAGAUGAUUUGGUCUUGUGUGAUGAGAAGAGAGAACAUCUGGAAGGAAGACUAGAAGAUUGGAGAAGAAUAUUAGAAGAUGUUGGCUUGAAAGAUGGCGGUUGCAAGACUGAGGUUGAACUACGGAUUAGCCGGGCAUGGAAUAAAUGGAGGGAGUUAACGGGAGUGCUCUGUGAUAAGAAGAUGGCGAAGAAACUGAAGAUCCUCAUCUACAAAACGGUGAUACGCCCAGUGCUUCUGUAUGGGAAUGAAACAUGGCCAGUUCCAGACUACCUAGCAGAGAAGGAUCAGUGUAUGCGAGAUGAGAAUGAUACGCUAUUGUCUUGGAGUCAGCCUGGAGGAGCACAGAACAAAUGA